AUGACAGACUCCAAAGAAGCUCUCCUGUCCCACGCGGAAGUAUUUGACACUCCCGAAUCCGACCCACCCCCAGCCUACGACAAACCCAUCCCCAAAGCCCGCGGGGCACCACUCCCCCGCCCGCCACCCCUCAACCUCCCCGUCCUAAACAACCUCCGCAGCCAGCGCGUAAUCCUAGCCUCCCAAUCACCACGUCGCAAACAAAUAAUCUCCUUCCUGGGUCUCCCAAACAUCGAAAUCAUCCCCUCAAACGCCGCCGAAGACCUAUCCCACAGCCUCGGCCCAUUCGAGUAUGUUCUCGCAACAGCAACGAAAAAGGCCCAAGCAGUCUACGAGCAAGAAAUAAACAACGAGGCAAAGGGUGAACCAGCCCUAAUCCUAGCCGCAGACACGGUCGUCGUCGACCCGUCUACCGGCAUCAUCCUCGAGAAACCCCGUUCAGAAGCACACCACCUCGCCAUGCUGCGCUCGCUGCGUGAUGCCGGGACUCACAAGGUCUACACUGCACUUGUGGCUAUGGCGCCGUUAGCUAGUGCGCGCGACCCUGGGUACGCGAUUGAGAGUACGGUUGAGGAGACCUCUGUGCGGUUUGAUGGGGAUGUUACGGAUGAGUUGAUUAUGGCUUAUGUGCGUACGCGCGAGGGUGCGGAUAAGGCUGGUGGGUAUGGAUUGCAGGGGCUUGGGUCGAUUCUUGUUGAGAAGAUUGAUGGGAGUUAUGAUAAUGUUAUUGGGUUGCCGCUUAAGGCGACGCUCAAGAUUAUUGAGACUGUUAUGCGGAGCGCGGAUGAUGAUGAGGGGUUGCUUGAGGAUGAUGAGGAGGAAGAUGAAUGA